AUGCCAUCCUCAUCCCCAUCCGUCACAGUCUUGUUCCCCGCCGCGGGUGACGAUUCGGUCUUCAGCUCCGUUUCCAGCUUCUUCUCGUCGCUUCUGCCAGUCGUCUACGCCGAAGAGUCCCAAGACAACGAGUCCCAAGACAACGAGUCCGAGGAAGAGUCCGAGGAGGCAGAGGAGGAUCAUCAGGAUGAGCCUGAGGACCCCGCGCCUGCCAUCUAUGAAGAAUGCGAGAAGUCGAAGGCCUGCGCUCCAUUCAAGCACCACUUUGACGAGUGCACCAAGCGUGUAGAGGAGGGCAAGGGUUUCGAGGGCGAGAACUGUAUCGAAGAGUUCUUCCACCUCGCUCACUGCGCACAAGAGUGCACCGCACCCAAGCUUUUUGCCAAGCUCGUCUAA